AUGUUGCAUAGAUCUACCCAAGCUGCUCCACCAAUGUACUGUCAAAAGUGCCAUCUCCCUGUUAAGUGGAGUGAUUCCCUGGAUGCCUUAGAUCCUGCAGCAUUUGAUAUUCUUAUAGCUUCGUCUAGUAAAUGUCACCCAACUCUCCCGGCCAGCCCUGGUGGUAAGCGUCAACAAGAUUUGCGGAAUACCGCUCGGACUUUACCAUCUUCAUCCGCUGCCGUAUACCGGCGUGAAAUUGUACAUGCACAGCGUGAAUCUACUACUCGCUUUUCCUCGAGACGUUCUACAAAAGAUGUUCCUAAUAUGUCGUUCGUUAUGCUCACCCAGUCAAGCUCUGAUAUCAAUCCCAGCAGUGGGACUCGAUCAUUACCAUACACAGCUGUUCCCUCUGUUGCAGAUCAUGAUAUGAAAUCAUUGAUAGACCAUAUUGAGAGGUCUGUGUCUCUUCAUGAGACUAUCUCCGCGCGAACAGAUAUAGAUCACCCGAUAUGUGUUGAAUGUGCCGACCGAGUUGACAAUGCUCUUCAAAAGCAACUUCUCGAUGUUGCGAAAGAACGAGACGCAUAUACUUCGUUUUUGAGAAAUGUCAAUGCGUCAAUUCCUGCCGUGGACGAAUUUGCCACGGCCCAGCAGUCCCUGAAUAUGAUGCUGAAUCAGGAAUCCGAUGCCGCUGGACGGCUCAUGAAACUGGAAGCAGAGAAAAUGGUAAUUGACGGGGAAAUUACAUCUUUAGGGGACAAGUAUGAACAACUUGAUAAGGACGAAGGAUGCUUUUGGCAAGAACGAACCGAUUUCACAAUGACUCUGGGAAGCUUCUUGAGUGAACGUGAUGCACUAAAUAUCAAAUACGAUCAUGACUCUCGUCAACUCGAACGAUUACAACGGACAAACGUAUAUAAUGACACCUUUUGCAUUAGCCAUGAUGGGUAUUUCGGCACCAUAAAUGGUCUGCGACUGGGCCGCCUUGGAAAUCCCCCUGUUGAAUGGGCAGAGAUCAAUGCUGCUUGGGGCCAAACCCUUUUGCUACUUAGUACAGUUGCCAAUAAACUGGGCUUUCAGUUUGCAGGAUACAAAUUACGUCCAAUGGGAUCGGUUUCGAAAAUUGAAAAAAUUGUCUACAGCCAGCAGGGUUCCAAUCCUCCCGCGUCCGGUCACGACAAUCCGGAGGUCCGUCUCUCUCCAACUGUUACUUCAUUAGACCUGUUUUCCUCUGGGGACCUCCCGCUUAAUCUCCCUUGGCUCCACCGCCGGUUUGAUGCUGGAAUGGUGGCGUUUCUGGAUUGUCUUCGACAACUGGGUGUUCAUGUCGAACAGUCAGUAUCAAAUCCGCCUUUCUCAGAACCUCCUAAUGAUGUUCGCCCGGGCACUCCUUUUGACUUGCCCAAUAUGCCACAAAGCCGCGCUCAGCCCCAGGCAUCUGGAGGUGGUCUUAAGUUGCCUUAUGAGAUAAGAAAGGAUAGAAUUGGCGAUGCAAGCAUUAAGCUUGGUUUUAACCAGAAUGAUGAAUCAUGGACACCAAAUCCAAACAAAAAGGAGAAGAUUAGAACUCCUAAGCCAAUUCCAUGGCUCAUCUUGUUCAUGGGAUUUCCCAUACUUCCACCAGUUUUCGGAACACCUGUUGUUGCUGCACCAUCCCCUAAGCCGGUAUACACAACAUCAGUAGCAGUGCUUGAAGCUACAGCAGAUGAUGUUGUGGAUAUUGUUGCAUUUGUACAUCAGUGGUGCCAGGUAAAUGACGGCAAAUCAAGGGGCAAGACUCCUGUUGCAGUCUACACCAAUGAUCUAUCUAAUGUUAGAUGUAGGGGUCAAACCUCGUGUGGCCUCGGGGAUGGUGUCUGGAUCAAUGGUUUGCGCAGCAACAAGCGCAGCAGGAAGAGCAAGAAGAAGAAUAGUUGA